GGGGAAGGGCGGAGUCCUCCCGGUGGCUGCACGGUGAUGGGGUGCCACUGGUGGGGACCUCUCUAGGGUCCUUUUCCCAUCGUGGGGUGCUAUGGAGUUCCCAGAACACAGUCAGCAGCUGCUGCAGAGCCUCCGAGAGCAGCGGGCCCAGGGUUUUCUCUGUGACUGCACUGUGAUGGUGGGUAGCGCCCAGUUCUUGGCCCAUCGGGCUGUGCUGGCCUCCUGCAGCCCAUUCUUCCAGCUUUUUUAUAAAGAGCGGGAACUGGAUAAGAGGGAUCUGGUGUGUAUCCACAAUGAGAUUGUCACGGCCCCAGCCUUUGGGCUGCUUCUGGACUUUAUGUAUGCUGGCCAGCUGGUCUUGAGAGGGGAUACCCCUGUGGAGGAUGUGCUGGCAGCUGCCAGCUACUUGCACAUGAAUGAUAUUGUGAAGGUGUGCAAGCGGCGGCUGCAAGCCCGGGCUCUGACAGAGGCAGACAGUACCAAGAAAGAGGACACCAACUCACAGCCCGCCUUGGAGUUUUUGUCCACCACUUCCCGUGGCCCACAGCCUUCACUGGGAACAGAGACUUCAGGCCACUGGGGUAAAGGGGAAUGGAAAGGACCUGCUGUCUGUCCUCCAGAUGAGCCACAAGUGCCUGGUGGAGCUGACACUACCCAGCCUGGUGUGGAGGUUGACUCACUGCAUCUACAGGCACCUCCUCCAUCAGUGGUUGAUGUCCCUCUUGCCAGCCCCAGUAGCUCUACAGAGACCAUUCCUGCAAACUACUUCUCUUCUGGCCUUCCAGCAGUUUCAUUGGAUCCACUGGCUCCCCUUGAUGUGGGUUCUGAGAGUCUGAGGGUGGUGGAACCGCGGGGUACUAGAGGCCCAUUGCAAAGCUCCUAUCCCCCAGCUUCAGCUACAGCCCCAGUCCCAGCCCCACUUCCAUCCCAGGCUCCAGCCCCAGUGGAAGCUGAGCUGGUUCAGGUUAAAGUAGAAGCCAUUGUGAUUUCUGACGAGGAGCCCGACAUGCCAGAGGACCAGCCUCAGGAUCCUGAGGGAUUGUUCCCACCUGGAGGAGCAAUGUAUGGUGGCCAGCCCCACCAGCCAGAGGCUUUUGAGGAACCACGGGCAGCAGGACUGGAGGAGGUGGGACCAAGUGACCACUUCCUGCCCCCAGAUCCUCACCUACCCUACCAUUUGCUGCCAGGUUCAGGGCAGUAUCAUCGAGGACUGGUGACCUCACCCCUGCCUGCUCCCCCGGUGCUGCAUGAGCCACUUUACCUGCCUUCUGAGUAUGAAGCAGCCCCAGGAAGCUUUGGGGUUUUUACUGAGGAUGUUCCCACUUGCAAGACAUGUGGGAAGACCUUCUCAUGCUCUUACACACUACGGCGACAUGCCACAGUGCACACGCGUGAGAGACCCUACGAGUGCCGCUACUGCCUGCGCAGCUACACGCAGUCAGGGGACCUGUAUCGCCACAUCCGCAAGGCUCACAAUGAGGACCUGGCCAAACGCAGCAAACUGGAUCCAGAGGCUAGCCCCCUCCCAGGAGCGCAGCCCCUCCCUGGCUCCCCAAUGGCAGACAAACAGAGCAGUGGUGGAGGGCCACCUAAAGAUUCUGUAUUGGCUCCAAAAACUAACAUCUGGGGGAGUAUGAGCUGAUGCUGGGUCUGCUCUUGCCAUUGUUAGGGGGCAGCACAGAAGGUUGGAAGCAUCUCAUUUUCCCUGCUGCGUGACAGAACAAAGAUUAUGCCCAGGUGGAAGAUUCCUACCUUUUCUUUACACAGCCAGAUAGCAAGACUUUCUGGGGCAAAGCACCUAAGCCCCACUCUUCUCCAAGGGCACUAGUAACCUCUUCUUGCUCCACAUUCUGGACUAUAAAGCCAGCCGUGAAAGUUUCUCUUUGAACUAGUAUUGGCUGGUUUCUUUCAUAAACCUGCAUGCUUCCUGAUUCUUCCAUACAGCUCCUUCAGAUCUUACAGUAAUCUAACAUCUGUACUUGGGGGUGAGAUGGGGAUCAGGUUGUUUAUAUGAAAAAAGUGAGACAGGCAGAGGGCAGUGUAGACUUUGCUUAGGAAAAGUAUACAAAUUAGGGGAUCUACUGCAAUUAUGGUGUAUUUUGGUAGUUUGAACUCUUGUGUACUGGGCUGUCCUGGAGACUUCAUACAAAUACUUGUUUAAUCCUCAACAACUUUGAGAUAUUGGCCCUCUCCCCCUUUUCUUCCCACAAACAAGAAAACUUGAAACUCAGAAACCAGAAUUAACUUUUUCUAUGUCACAGUACUAGUUAACGGGCAGGCCAGAAUUUGAACCAUGGCUGUGGCUUGAGACACCAUGCAUGCUAUGCUGGUUUAAAAUAUUGUUGAUGCUAAUUAACUGAGAACAAACUGUUUUCUUCUUUGUCCUUUUGAGUGUUUGGCUUUGCUCCCUUGCCCCUUUACCUCUACUUUCCAUGUAGAAAGAUCUUUGAUUGACUGUCUCAACAAUAGAUACCGUCUUGAUGACUUGUAAGUUUUGUCUACAUUUUAUGAAGAUGAGAAACAGAAAGGCAGAGUCCUUAACUCAGUGGUGGUCGCUGGGGACCAGGCAGGGCUGAGGGUCUGGAAAUAAUGGGUGCUUGGGAAAACUAAAGCAAGAAACACCAGGUGAGAGAAUCUUACAGGUCAUCUCAUCCAACUCCCUCACUUACAAAGUGUGAUGACAACCAGAGAUCAGAUUACUCAUUUAUAGUCACACAGGUGGUUACUCGCAGCAGAGAUAGCAAAGAAAUGAGAGGUGGGGAAAAAAAGUUCUAGGAAAGUAAGAGAAGAGUCUGCCCCGGGCUGAAGAGUGGUGCUGUAGGGCAGACCAGAGGGCUCCUUAAAAACCCUUCUCGAGCACAUCAGGAGCCCAGUGUGAAAAGAGCAGGACAGAUAAUUUAGCAAAUGGGGAAAGUAAGAAUAAAUGUUCUGAAUUGCUUUUCUUUUUGGGUUUUCCUGUCAUAUUCAGCACUCUGAACUCUUACUAGUAAGCGACUGUUUUUGAGUUGUAGGAGACAGCUGAGCAUCGAAUUAGCUCCUUAUCUGGGACACCAGGGCAAGCAAAAAUUGAGCUUAACAUUUUCAUGGAUGAAAUAAUGAAUUAUUUUCUUUAUGUUGGAAUUACCUUUUAGUUUAUAUUUCAAGUGGCUGACUGUUUAUGCAAAUAAAUUACUGCCUUAACUCCUUGGUGAAACAAGGCAAGAUACCCCCCCCCACACACACACAGUAAGAGCUAUUCUUCCGAGUGGAAUGCCAUUUCCCAAGUUUCUCCUAAAUACCAAAUCCUAAAUCUCAAUGCCUAAAAAGAAUUAGUUGCCUUUAAAGGAUGAAUUUUAUGGUACACGAGUUAUACAUAUAUAAAGAAAGAGAAAAAAAGUUGCCUCAAAACAUCAGUUCCUAAAAGGCUUAAGAGUAUCUAUGUCCACAUAUAUAUAUAUAUAUAUAAUGUAUAUAAUUUCUCUGGACAGUCUGAAGAAACCAGUGACUAUUGUUAUUUGUGUUUAAAUGUCUUGCAAAUGCCUAACUUCCACCUAUGAAGAAUGCAGCUCAUGCUGAGAACUGAAAGUAAGUGCUUGCUCUUCAGGAGAAUCUCAUCAAGUAAUAGAUCCUCUUUAAUUAGGUCUUACAUGUAAACACAAUUAAGGCCGCAGUUGCCUCACUUUAUGUAUUUGCUAGAUGCUAGGAAGAGGUGUGAUCAAUAGAGAAUUUUUUCUAGUUUGCACCAUUCUUGAUGGGCCCAUUCAUGGAUUCAAGGAACCACAGGUUAGCACAUGGAACCUCUAGUCCAGUGCUGGAUCCUCUGCUUGCCAGUUGUCAAGCCUCUGCUUGAAAGAAAACUAUCCCCAAAGGCAACGUGUUCUAUUGUCGGACAAUGCUUCCUUAUACCGAGCCAAAACUGGCCUUCAUUUCUGGGAAGAUGGGCCAGGCUCCAGCCUAUUAAGGAGUUUCACCCUGAGAAGUUAUUUGUUCUUGAGUACAAGCUGUUUUCAAACGACCACCCUUCGCUCUUCAGCUUUAGAGAUGUACUCCUAGGGCUUCAUUUCUUAACUGGCUAUUUUGUAAGUGUAUGCAUUCAUGUGGUAUCUAAUGUCCCUUCAAUUGCCAGACAUUUGGCCAAACUUAGCUUCACAAAACUCACCGUUUCAACCCUUCCCAUUGGAUUUUGAUUUUAAUUUCUCCAAAGCCAGUGUUUCCAAAGAUGCUUUACUUGGACCUAUUUUUUUGUAAUGUGUUUUAUUGUUAAAAUGUAUUUUAUGGGGUUUUUUUUUUUUGGACAAAUGAUAUAUGAAGUGUUCUAAAAUCCCCUCCCAAAUUUUAUCAGUAAGCAAUUUCAAUAUGCACCCCUAAAAAAACUCUAGAAAGAAAAAAGACCAAAUACCAUUAUCACACUCAAAAAAAUUGACAAUAAUGCUUGUUCAAAUUUCCCUGAUAGUUUCAUAAAGUUUCUUCAAAUCAGAAUCCAAAGUAGUCACAUUUAUUUGGUUGAUAUCUCUUAAGCUUCUUUUAAUCUACAGGCUCCCUUUCUUUUUUCCUUGCAGUUUAUUUAUAGAAAGAAGAAACUGGGUUGUUCAUCUUUGGGUUUCACAUCUGGAGUUUGGUGAUUACAUCCCAAAGUACCCUGUGGCUGAUUCCUGCAGGAUGUGGGCUUGCCAGACCUGCUCCAGACCCCAGACCUUACUGCCUUUGUCCAGUGGCCUUUGAAAUAGACUGAAAGGUAAGCCUGACAACUUUGUCUUUAGCAGCAUAAUAAAAGGAUUAGUGUAAUACAUUUCUCAAAUGUUUUUAAAUAUUUUUUUCUUAUUGAUGCAGAAGAUAGCUUACUGUAACAUCAACUCAUUUAAAAAAAAAAAAGCAAAACCAGCCCUAAACAAACAGAACAUGCAACCAUGACAUAAUUUGUCAACAAUCUAGGUUUAGAAAUUUAAGAAGCUUGGAAGAAGAAUAAAAUACUCUACUUUUGUUAGUUCUGUCCUUGGACCUAGAUUAUUUGGUAGAGAAUCUUUUUUGUUGUAAGAUGAUGGUUUUACUAUUUAAGGGUACAGGGAGAUACAAAGAGGAGCCUAGCUCACUGGAAGAGGGGGACAUUACAUAAAGGGAGACUAAUUCAUUAACACUUGGCAGGACUAAGGUUUUUCUCCUACAAUUUAUCUGUGGUUAUAGGAUGGCUAAUGACACAGGCUCCUCACUUCCACUCACAAAGGCAGAGGCAGUGCCAAAUGGUCUCACCUACUCUGUAGAAUUGAUACCUUGUGGACACUGUUCACAAUGAGCGUGCAGAAAGACAAAAGAUCUCCUGGUUGACCUACUGAGCCAUGACCGCACCAGAUCUGCAGCCUGCACCUGUGCCCAACAAGCUUCCAGAAAGUUACAUCAGGUGUUUAAAAGGCACUAAGGAAGAACCCUUCCUCAUUUCCAUCCUUUGUAAAGAACUGAGCUCUUGCAAAAUAUAAGGUGACAGGUAAAGAAUAGAUUUAUGUUUUUAUCCUGCUCUUACAGCAAUGUUUCUAUAAGACUUGGUAAUCUGUUUUUCCUAUGUUUUUUUAGAGAAAUGAGCAUACUAUAGAUAUGCACCUACUAAAAAUUUAAAUGUUCCCUUGGGUGUUUUUCUGGCAUGAGGGCUGAAAAGUUAUUACAUAAAUACUUAAAUGCUUGACUUGACAUUUUAAGACAGAAGAGUUUAAUGAAAAAUAAAUAAGUAUAUUAAAGGUCUGAGUAAUAGAAAUUACCAAAAUAAAA